GCUGUAGAUAAACACUACCGGAGUUAAAAGUAAUGUAGCCCGAAGACAGAAAGCUUUUAACUCGUAUAAAUUCAACCAUUCUUUUCUUCCUCCAAUAAAACGGCCUUCUUCUCUCCGCCAAUCACUUGACUCGUUCUUUGCCGCAACAAAUUCAAAACUUCGACCAAUAUACUUUCGCUUUCGUUUCUGUUUCUGAUUUCUGAUUUCAUUCUCUCGCAAGGCAUUCAUAUUGUAUCAUGGCGUCGCUGAGCAUUCGUUGCGGCGGAGGAGGAGCGAUAUGUUCACUGCGUCCCGGCGGAAUCGACCUUCAUUACGCUCCAUCGUCUAUGGUGGCAAUGAUCGGCCGAGGUAAUGAUAAUAAUAAAUACACGAUUCCGGUUUCUAUGUCGUUGACUCGGACGAACAGUUUGAAAACGAAGAGGACGAAUAAAAAACAAGAUGAGACGGUUUCAUGUGAGAAUGUGGUCGACGAGUGGAUGAAAAACUCCGUCACUGAGAUUGUCAAGAACUUACGUGAAGCGCCAUUGUUGGUCCACGUGUUCUCCGAUAACGGUCAUUCUACCAGGUUGAAAACGGAGAAGGCGGUGUCGGAGAACUGGCCGUCGGUGAAAUCGAAAUGGGAGGAAGGAACGAUGCCCCUUCCGGAGGGCGUAAUUUUCGUGGAACAAUUAAAAGAUGACAAAGCGGAAAUAGAAUCAGGCUCCUUGAUCGGAGAGAGUGACAACACGCGCGCCUGGGGGAUUGUGGUGCAAGCAAAAGGGGAGAGCUGUUCGCCAGCUUGUUAUUUGUUGAAAACAAGUCGGGCCGGGCCUUUUGCGGGCUUGGGCUUGUGCUGUACACACUUUUGUUUGAUGAAGGUUAAGAGUUUUAGAGAAACGGCUGAGGCCCAGCUUAGUAAUUGCUGGUUAUUGAAUGGUCAAUAAUAAAAGGGUUAAUUGUAAUGAUCAAUGACUAAAUUUGUAAUUUUGUUGUGGAUCCGAUUAUCCCACAGAGAGACAGAUUGUAUAUAUUCUAAUAUCUUUUCAUAAAAUUGAUUUGUAUUAGUAA